AUGACUGCGCCUGGAAUUGUGUCGCCAUUUAAACGCGUAUUCCUAAAAGGUGAAAAAAGUAGAGAUAAGAAAGCCCACGAGAAGGUGACAGAGAGGCGCCCUCUUCAUACAGUGGUGCUGUCAUUGCCUGACCGAGUCGAACCAGACAUACUGCUGAACGACUAUAUUGAGAAGGAAGUAAAGUACUUAGGUCAGUUGACUUCCAUACCAGGAUACCUGAAUCCCUCCAGUAGGACUGAAAUACUUCAUUUUAUAGACAAUGCAAAGAGGGCUCACCAGCUACCUGGACACCUGACCCAGGAACACGAUGCUGUGAUCAGUCUUUCUGCCUACAAUGUCAAGCUGGCAUGGAGAGAUGGAGAAGACAUCAUCCUCAGGGUCCCCAUCCAUGACAUUGCUGCUGUCUCUUACGUCCGGGACGACGCAGCACACCUGGUUGUCCUAAAGACAGCCCAGGACCCCGGCAUCUCUCCCAGCCAGAGCCUUUGUGCAGAGAGCUCCCGUGGCUUGGCAUCCAGCUCCCUGUCAGGCAGCAAUAUGGUGCCCGUUGAAGCAUGCUGCUUGGUCAUCCUGGCUGCAGAGAGCAAAGGAGCUGCGGAAGAGCUCUGCUCACUGCUCAGCCAGGUCUUCCAAACGGUUUAUACGGAAUCUACCAUCGACUUUCUAGACAGAGCAAUAUAUGAUGGAGCCUCGACACCUACACACCACCUUUCCCUGCACAGUGAUGACUCAUCCACCAAAGUGGACAUUAAAGAAGCCUAUGAGACUGAGGCCAGCAAUUUCUCAUUUCCUGACCCCACAGAUGGAGGUGGCCUGUCGUCUUUGUCUUUCUGCAUACCGUCAUCACCCCACCCCAAGACGGCCAGUGAGAGCGAGCUGAGUGCCACAGCCACUGAGCUGCUGCAGGACUACAUGCUGACGCUGCGCACCAAGCUCUCCUCCCAAGAGAUCCAGCAGUUUGCCAUGUUGCUGCAUGAGUACCGUAAUGGGGCCUCCAUCCACGAGUUCUGCAUCAACCUUCGGCAGCUCUAUGGGGACAGCCGCAAGUUUCUGCUGCUGGGUCUGCGGCCUUUCAUUCCCGAGAAGGACAGCCAGCACUUUGAGAACUUCCUGGACACAAUCGGGGUGAAGGAUGGCCGGGGCAUCAUCACAGACAGUUUUGGCAGGUACCGACGAGCCGCCAGCACUGCCUCUAGCUCCACUACCAAUGGGAACAGGGUUGCAGGCAGCUCCGACGACCAGUCUCUGCCCUCAGAAGGCGAUGAAUGGGACCGCAUGAUCUCAGACAUCAGCAAUGACAUUGAGGCCCUGGGCUGCAGCCUGGACCAUGACUCGGCGUGA